UUCUUAACUAACGAUCCAAUCAUCUGCAAUUUUUUGUUGCCCGCUAGAUUUUGGGCAUUGGGCAUGAAAACGUUUGGGAGUCUUUUAUGGCAGCAAUGACGAGGAUAUACAAGAGUGGAAGAAAAGACCUGCCACUGGGACCACAGUUGAAUGGAGCGGCAGUUUCUGAUGGGAAGUCCCAGCAGAUCACCCCUCAGCUGGCUCUUCAAGUCCUGCUGCAGUUUGACAAAGCAAUCAACAACGCCUUGGCCCAGAGAGUUCGAAACCGAGUCAACUUCAGGGGCUCCUUGAAUACAUACAGAUUCUGUGAUAACGUUUGGACAUUUGUCCUAAAUGAUGUGGAAUUCCGAGAAGUCACCGAACUUGUUAAAGUGGACAAAGUGAAGAUUGUAGCAUGCGAUGGCAAAAACACUGGUUCGAAUGCUGCAGAAUAAUCCCAUACUGGAUGAAGGCUUUUCAAUGAAACAGCAUACACAGCAGACAUAUUGUGAAUAACCCUGACUAUUAUUUAGCAGCUACCUGAUCUGUAACUGCUUCGUUCAACACAGGACAAGUGGUGAGGGGUUAAAUGUAUCCCCAGAUGUACAAUAUCAGUGAGAAUAUUACUUUUUAUAAAUUCAACUUCUGGCUCUUUUUUUAUGUUUGAAAGAUGAAUCUGUAAUAAAGUUUUACUUAACUGUU